CAGUCCACCGCUCGUCUCGUUUGAAUUUCCUUUCCUCUGAAUUUCAAUCGGAAGGUGUUUUUUUUUUUUUUUAAGCCGAAUUUUCUGUUUUUUUUUCUGUUCUAAUCGUUGUUCUGACCCUGCGCAGAAUUAAUUUAGAUGUUUUUGCUCGAAGGAUUAUUAUUUAGUGAUAAAAACAACCAAUUUUAUAAUUGGCAGUUGUAGUUUGUGAGAAAAUUCGUAGACUCUGUCGGCGGUAAUUAAAAGAUCUUGCUGGAGACAUCGAUCAUGGAGGAUGAUGUAGUUGCAUCGACCAGUACUGCUGAGGGCUUGAACGGACUUUUCCUCGAAGGAAUCCCUAAAAUUGCCGGUUUGAGUAAUGACGAGAAUGGCAAACGUGAUAUCGCUGAGAAAUCAUUACUGAAGUCACGAAAUUAUGGUCAAUGGUGCCCGUACGAUGAAGGCGUUACCUUGACGUGGCGCGAUCUGUCCGUCUACACUGUCGUUAAGCAGCAAAGCUUCAUCCGUAAAUCUGCUCAGACGUACAAACGUUUGAUAAACAAUGCAAGUGGUGCUGUCCGGGCCGGAUCGUUGGUCGCCAUGAUGGGAGCGAGCGGAGCUGGGAAGAGCACACUAAUGGCUGCACUGGCGAAUCGGUUGUCAGGCGGUGUCAUUGCCGACGGAGAUAUCCGAGUGAACGGAAGACCUGUAGGAAAAUUCAUGCACCGUCUGGCUGGCUUUAUGCAUCAAGAAGAUCUUUUUGUCGACACGCUAACCGUUCUGGAGUAUCUUACUUUAAUGGCUAAACUGAAACUGGAUCGCAGGACAAGUCACUUAACGCAACAACAGAAGGUUUCCAAUUUACUCAUCCAUCUAGGUCUUACGAAAUGCGCUAAUUCACGCAUCGCAAGUAAUGGAUCCAGUCAGAAUGGGUUAUCUGGUGGUGAAAGAAAGCGACUGUCUUUUGCAACCGAAAUGUUAACUGAUCCAGCUAUAUUGUUCUGUGAUGAGCCCACAACAGGUCUAGAUUCUUAUUCUGCACAAAAAUUGGUGGAGAUGAUGCAAGAAAUGACUAGUGUCCGUGGGAAAACUGUGAUUUGCACAAUUCAUCAACCUAGCUCCCAGCUCUUUGAAAUGUUUCACGAGAUAGUCUUGAUCGGUGACGGUCGGAUAGCAUUCAUCGGCUCAACAAACGACGCCCUAGAAUUUUUCGAAAGGAAUGGUUAUCAUUGUCCAGCCACGUACAAUCCUGCUGACUUCCUGAUCAGAACCUUGGCAAUCACUCCUGGCUCGGAGGAUAUCAGUCACAUGGCUGUCAGGAAAAUUUGUGAUCAAUUCGCUGUUAGCGAGUACGCUCAACAAGUAGACUUAGUGAUAAAUUACGAACUACAUAUGGGAACAUCUUACACGGACUCACUGGAUGAAAAAAUGAGGGAUUACAAAUCUCCAUUUUGGUUCAGCAAAUUAUACUGGCUCACAUAUAGAUCCUCUUUGGAGUUGACGAGAGACCACUCGAUCCAAACCAUGAGGAUUUUCCAAAAAAUUCUCAUUGCGGUGAUGUCAGGUUUGUGCUUCACCAGUUCGGUGCGAUUGACUCAGUUCGGCAUUCAGUCGGUUCAAGGAGCUCUUUUUAUCAUGGUGACGGAGAACACUUUUGCACCCAUGUAUGCGAUCCUUAACUAUUUUCCACGCCAAUUUCCACUUCUAAACAAAGAAUACACGUCUGGAAUCUACCCGCCAUCAGUUUUUUACUUGUCGAAUUUGUUAGCUCUGGGACCUGGGCAGAUUUUGGAGCCUUUACUCUUCGUUGUGAUCGUUUAUCUCUUUGCUGGACUCCGCAGCAGCGUUUAUGCAUUUGGCAUAACAGUUCUGGCGAUAGUUUUGACGAUGAAUGUGUCGACAGCGUGUGGAAUCUUCUUCUCAGUUGCUUUUGACUCGGUUCCGAUUGCAAUGUCCUACCUCGUGCCGUUCGAUUAUGCAUUAAUGAUCACCUGCGGAGCUUUUAUAAAGCUAAGUACUUUGCCUGACUAUGCAUACUGGAUCCAAUACAUAUCUUGGCUGAUGUACUCGUAUGAAGCCAUGACAAUCGUACAGUGGAACAACAUCACCAAUAUAUCUUGUUUGGAAAAUCAGCCAGAUCUUCCAUGCUUAGAGAACGGUCAGGAAAUUCUCAACAAGUUUAGUUUUGGAGAAGAUAAUCUCCAACGUGACAUCUUGGGUCUUGUUUUAUUGUACAUCGCAUUUCAUAUUCUUGGUUUCCUUUGUUUAUGUAAACGUAUGAAACGAAAUUAAAUGGUGGAUAAAAUGCUGA